AUGGCCAUCACUAACAUCACUGUCAUAAGCCACACAUUUUUCUACCUUCUGGGCAUUCCUGGCCUGGAGGAUCAACACAUCUGGAUCUCAAUCCCAUUUUUUACCUGCUAUAUUAUUGCCCUCCUUGGCAACAGUCUCCUGAUCUUUAUUAUUGUCACUAAUAAUAGCCUUCAUGAACCCAUGUAUAUCUUCUUAAGCAUAUUGGCUGGACUUGAUAUUUCACUCUCCACCAUUACAAUUCCCAAAGCCCUGGCAAUUUUCUAGUUUAAUUCUGGAGGAAUAUCACUAAAUGCUUGUAUCACUCAGUUCUUCUUCAUCCACUCCACCUUCGUUGCUGAAUCAGGAAUUCUUCUACUAAUGGCAUUUGACCACUAUGUUGCCAUCUGUUACCCUCUGAGAUAUACAAUGAUCCUUACCCGCUCAGUGAUUAUAAAAAUUGUUAUGUCUAUCUAUUUAAGAAGUAUUGUUACCAUAGUCCCUAUGAUAUUCCUUGUCAAGAGGCUCCCUUUUUGCAAAAACAAUCUUCUUCCACACACAUAUUGUGAGCAUAUUGGUUUGGCCAAGUAUGCUUGUGCCAGCUUUCGAGUGAAUAUCUGGUAUGGCUUAUUUGUCAUUUUGAUAACAAUCGUCCUAGAUGUUAUCCUCAUUGUUCUAUCCUACUGUAUGAUUCUCCAUGCCAUCUUUCACCUCCCCUCUCAGGAAGCUCGUCACAAGGCUCUCAAUACUUGUGGUUCCCAUAUCUGUGUCAUCUUCCUUUUCUACAUUCCUGGAAUUUUCACUGUUCUUGUCCAAAGGUUUGGCAAAAAGAUCCCACCUCAUGUCCACAUUCUGAUUGCUAAUGUCUGCAUGCUGGCUCCUCCUGUGAUGAACCCCAUCAUAUAUGGUAUCAAGACCAAACAAAUAAAAAACAGCUUGUCUCAUUUAUUGUUUCACAGAAAAAGAUGA